AUGGAUGACGAUCGAUCCGGAAACGCUGGCGGUGAUGUGGAGCUGGACCAACCCGUGCCGAGAGCUCGAAAUGGUGAGGUUUUGCGAAAUCUGGCCGGGUUUUGGCUCCUCGGGCUCUGCAACAAUUUUGCGUACGUGAUUAUGUUGAGCGCCGCGCAGGAUAUCUUGGAAAGCGGCUCAAAGAACAGGACAACAGCAACUUGUCAGGAUGCAAUCAUUGAGCGAGAAUGCGCACCAAUGUCGACCGGCUCGGUGUUGUUGGCCGACAUUAUCCCAUCAUUGUUUAUCAAGCUGAUCGCCCCCUUGUUCAUCCACGCGAUUCCAUUUGGAACCCGCCAUGCCAUCGUCGUCCUGCUACAAGCUUUUUCCUACAUCCUCGUGGCUCUUGGCAAGGAUGUCUUCACAGCCCUAACUGGCGUGGUUUUGGCAAGCUUCGCAUCUGGACUUGGCGAAAUCUCGUAUUUGUCCUUGGCCUCUAACUUCAAGAAUGAUGUUGUAUCUGCUUGGUCGUCAGGGACCGGCGGGGCCGGAAUUUUUGGUGCUUUGGCGUACGCAGUAUUGACAGAUCCCUACCUGCUAGGCUUCACCCCGAGAAAUGCGCUGCUAUCGAUGUUAUUGAUGCCGGCGGUGUUUGCACUCACUUAUUGGCGAAUAUUGCUAAUUCCGGCGGCUGUGCAUCGCGUCAAUAUUAUGGAUCGGUCAACGUAUUUCGUCAAUCGAGGCAGGCCGUUGCUCAAUUCACCGCCAGACUCGCCGACGGAAGAAGAUUUACACGAUCACCGCCACUUUUCUUUCGACGCACUUUCCAAUGAUGAUAAAUGGGCGGCGGUCAGGCCCCUCCUCCGCUUCAUGGUCCCCUUGAUGCUCGUUUAUUUUGGAGAGUAUUUCAUCAACCAAGGGAUGUUCGAGCUGCUCAUCUUCGACUGUGCGCACGGAUUUGGGCUGUCGCCGGCGAGUCAGUACCGGUGGUAUCAAGUGCUAUAUCAGCUCGGGGUGUUUGUGAGCCGAUCGUCUUCUGGAUGGGUCUCGAUCGCGCCUGGAAUGCUGCCGGUUUUGGCGGGGUUACAGUUGCUGAACGCGACGCUGUUCACGGGAAACGCGUGGCUGCACACCGUCCCCCACAUCUCGCUCCUCUUCAUCGCCAUCUUCUACGAGGGUCUCCUAGGUGGUGCCGCCUACGUCAACACGUUCCGCGCGGUCCAUAAAUUGGUCCCAGCCGAUCGCCGCGAAUUCGCGAUGGGCUUCGUCUCCAUCUCGGAUACCGAGUUAAUAAGGACUGGUUCGUGUCGCCCGGCGUUGGCGUUCGUCCACCCGGCGACGACAUUUGCCGCCCCGGACAUGAUGCUCCCCAACCCCUGGAUUCUCCGGGCCGACACCGUCAAGCUGAGCCGAAAACUGAAACAAGGCGAAUUCGGUGUUCUACACUACGGCAAAUGGAGGAGGGGCACCGAUGACGACCUUUCCGUAUCGGUGAUCGUCAUGCACCACUCGGAUUUCUCCAAAGAGAAAGUCAACCACGCGCUCGAGGCCAUUGAUCGCCGACUGCGGGGCGAAGUCGAGGACGUGGGCGAUGCGGCCCCACCUACCGCUGGACCCGCUGAAGCUGAGCGUCCUGUGGAUCCAGUGGUAGACCAGCACCCACCAGUCGCCGUCCGAGCAAUGCCCGCAGUACACGAUGAACAAGCUGUUGAUGACGAGAUCUUGGUCGCGCCGGACUAUCCUGAUGCCCCCGACGCGAACAGGCCUGCCAACGCUAUCGAUCCGCUGCGCGACACGAAGAAGGCCGGCCGUCCACCCACCAAGUACACAUACGUGGACGGCAUCUGCAUCAUGUGCACAGACAAGCGCGUCACCAAGGUCAGCACACACUUCCGGGCAGCUGCAUGCUCCCGGCACGUACAGAUCUUCAAAAAGGUGCUGAGAUGCUACGAAGAACGGGCCGGGAUCUGCUACUGCAAGCCGUGGCGUAAAUGCAAUGUGUGCCAUUACGCCGACUGGAGCCAACGCGAAUUUGGGACGCCGGAUGCCGAAGAGGAUCAA